UUCGAGGGGCUCACAGGCCUGCAGUACCUGAACCUAUACAGCAACGAGCUCUCACGUCUUGAGGUUGGCGUGUUCGACGGGCUGACAAGCUUGCUGUCGCUGGAGCUCGGCAGGAACAACUUGAGGGAGGUCUCAGCAGGAGCUUUCCGAAGCUUGUCGAGCUUGCAAGGGCUGAGCCUAUGGGACAAUGAGAUAUCCGAUCUCCCUGCAACUGUGUUCAGCAAGCUCACCAGCCUGCAAACCAUCGACAUGAGCAACAACUACCUCACGAGCCUCUCAGCAGGAGAGCUCAGCGGGCUCACGAGCUUGCGAGGGAUAUCUCUCAUGUACAACCAGCUCACCAGCAUCCCGAAGAGGUUGUCAAACCUGACGAGCCUGCAGUGGAUGUAUCUCACAGGGAACCAGCUGGCUAGCCUGCCUGCUGGACUCACAGACUUCCCGACAAACUUGGGAAUCCUCUACCUCGAGAUGAACCUGCUGGGUGAGGUGCCGGAGGGAGCGUUCGAUAGGCUCGUGAGCCUCACAGAGCUGUCCCUGCACAUGAACGAGCUCUCGAGCCUCCCUCCAGGUCUCUUCGACAGGCUCACAAGCUUGAAUUGGCUCAGCCUCUCCAACAAUCACCUCUACUCACUUCCAGCUGGGAUCUUCGACUCCCUUACCAACUUGUGGAUUCUCUAUCUCGACCAUAACCAGCUCACUUGUGUUCCCUCCUCGGCUUUCCAGCCUCUGACGGCUCUCAUUAUUCUUGACAUCUCCAGCAACAACUUCACUUGCAUC